GAAGAUUAAGCAGCAGCAGCAGCAAACACAGCUUAGUUUAAGUGUCUCAGCUCACGGCUUCAUCUUUUUACAGUCAAAGAAGUCAGUUCAUGUCUGUUGACUUUGUGAGGAUGAUUAUGAGGCUGUACAUUUCCAUUUGAACUUGUUCUCUCACAGGAACACAUUCAAUCAAAAUGGGCAGGAUGAGGUUUUAUCCACUGCUGCUGCUGUCACUGUGUGGGUUGUUCCACAGAGGAAUUACUCAGUUGAAAGGAUGGACUGGAGAGGAAGUGGAAGGUGAGACAAAAUGGAUUUCCCAGCCAGAUUUCAUUGAUGACACAUAUUGGUCUGGGUCAGUGCCUCUUUGUUAUGGAGGCUGUAAGGCAAAGCACCAGGAGCUAAGGAGAGACCGCUGUGGAGACUCCAGCUGCUGCUGGUUCGGCUACAAGUCCCUGUGCAGAGUGAACUGCGGGAGACCCCAUGUGGACUAUAAUGGUGUAGUGUAUGGUAAUGACUGGUGGGUGGGCUCCACAGUGAGGUACACCUGUCGCUCUGGCUUCAUGCUGGUGGGAAAUCCUACCAGCUUUUGCCAACCUAACGGACUGUGGACAUCAAAACCCACCUGCCUCCGAAUGUGUCAGCGGGGUCGCAUUGAAGUAAGUGAGAGGGAACUAAAUGGGACGUGCAACUCCACCUGUGCUCAUAAAAUCUACUUUGGCCCAAACCCCAAACAAGGCUGCACUCUGAUAGAUAAUUGCAAGAACAAGGAGACGGGAUGGAAGCGUUUUUUUGCACAGUGUGUUCCUUGCAUUUGUGACUGCGCUUUAUCAUGUGCAACUGCAGGCUAACACUUGGAUGAAUCCGAGCAGUGAGAAGAUCCGAGGAAGAAGAAACACAGAGACACACGGUGUACGAGUGGGCUGAAAAGUUCUCAGGCUGACCAUGAUGCAUGCAAUGUGUCUUUUUUUUCAACAUAGUCUCCCCUGUGGUCCAGCACUUGGAUGCCCUCAGUAUACUGUAGAAGUUGACUUUCUCCACUGCUACUGUAGUUCACUGGUAAACCAUAGUUUUCCCAAACAGCAGAGAUGAAGGGGCUCGGUGGCUCAAGCUCUGGCUUCUCACUUAUAUUCUCUAUACAAAGCUUGUCUGUGCUAACCUUACUGAUUCCACUGUUGACGAUCAGGGAUGAAAAGCACACCAGGGCUUUGAACUAGUCAACCCACCCUUGUAUUUGCUACUUCAUCUCGUUUUGUGGAUUAUUCGAUAUACAUGAAGAUGAAAACAAGGUUUUACAACAUGACAGGAAGAUUUCAGUGCAAGAGGUUUUAAAUCCCUCUGAGGCUGUGAGAGAGGGAGAUGACAUUUACUUUGUCAGACUAUUUAUUAUUUUUUAGAAUAAUUAUUUGAAGUACUUUAAAUAAUACAAUCAAUAAAUGUCAGGUGUUAAGGUCUCUCAUUGUUAACGCUGUCAUUUCUGAGAAGGCAACUUAUUACUCACAGUUAGGAUAUUGUAGUUUAGACAUCAAUCUCUCAUUGGAUGACUUACUAUUUCAUUUAAUUUGGGAAAUGAAGGUAAAGACAAGGCGAAAAGGUAGUGAAAUCACAGAGAUUACAGAGAGACUCUCUGUCCAUCUGUGCUGGAAGGAGCUGAAACUUUAAUCUUGUUAGAAAAGAGUUGCUGAGCUUAAGAAACAGAUAGUAAGUAUACUGUGUGCAUGUUUUCAAAAACUAUAAUAUUGACAAAUCAAAGCAGUGACCAACAACUAAACGAAACAAAACGAUCAAUCACGCUGAUCUAAUCACAAUUAAUACGAUCAUCAUUCAUUGUAGUAGCAGUCUGCUAAACAUAUGGAACACAGCAGCUGUGCAGAUCGUCUAGGUCAACUAAAUUCUGACUCAUUUCAGAUCUAGUCAAUAUCUUAACCUACGUUUAUUGAAAAUUCAUCCAAUUUUCCAAAUUCACGUGUCGAUUGUCGGUCGUUUUUUUUGAAAAAAAGUCCCAUCCCAUAGUAAGAAACAAAACUCUGCGCUACAGCCUCAGUCCAACACAUGAGCAGCCUCCUCAUCCUCCACCACUUUAACAGCUAACAUUUUAGCAGCUAAAGUUUUACCUGCUAAAGUGGGGGAGGGUCUGGUGACGGAGAUUCAGAUGCUGGUGCUCUUUCUUCAGCAACACAAUAAAUAAGACUCCUCCUCCAUCCUCAAAAAUUAUAAAUUGCUUUUUCUAAGGCCACGAAAAUCAUACAAUAAUUAUUAUACAGCGAUUAUACACCACAGGUGUUCUUCUUAUGGACAGUAAAUUCCAUUUUUACUAAUAUAACCCCAGAAAUACUACAAACUGUACCUUUAACGUUUAACUAUUUUGAUUAUCAUCAUUGCAGGCAUAAAUUCCCUCCAAACAUGAUUUAUAAAGUUGACAAAACAGAUGUAACAACAGUACGGUACGCACGUUCAGAACUGUUAAAACUGUUUGUUAGCACUAUAUGAUCAAGUUUACAUUCUAAAACUCAGAUGGUCAGUUUCAGGCAUCCUGAAAUAAAGGUAUAUGUUUUCAUUCUA